UUUUUUUUUUUUUUUUUUUUGAUUGUUGGCAAUGUUGGAGCUCGUCACCAUCUUCACUCGCGGCGGAGUCGUCCUCUGGUCGCGACAGAGUGGAGCCGUCGCUGUCAGCCCAACCGUGAUCAACGCCCUCAUCUCCAGCGCAUUCAUCGAAAAGCGCGCUGUCAGCGACAAGCAGUUUGUGCACGAUCACUUUGCGCUCAAGUGGGCGAUCGUCAACGAGCUCGACCUGGUCUUUGUGGUUGUGCACCAGAAGGCCCUCCAACUCAACUACGUCGAUGAGCUGCUCUCCAGCAUGGCCACGUCGUUCGUCAACACAAACGGCGAUGAUGUCCGCGCGUUCGCCGCCGGUCUGCCACUCUUCAAGCCGUCGGGCAAGCAUGUGGUGGACUUUGAUGCUCGCUUUGAUACCAUCUGGGAGGGCGUGAUGCAGCGCUACGAGGAAUCGUUGCGGAUUCCAAAGGCCAUGAAGUCGUUCGAAGAGUCCAAGAAGGCACAAAAGUCUGGCAUUGCGAGCCCCGAGCCCAAGUCGCCUUCUGCAUCGAUCGUGACCUCGCCCACCACCUCGCAGCCUGUGAGUCCGACGGCGGCGUCGUCUGGAAACUCUGCCUUUGCCCCGGACAGUGACACAGCGGAUCGCCUGAAAAAGCUCGGCAUUCAGUCACGCUCGGCCGGCUCGGCUUCGAAGUCCAAACCCUCCCCCAGCGCUUCAACCGAGUCAAAGGCUCCUCCCAAAAAGAAGAAGGCCACCGCGUGGGAUCCCAUCUCUGGCGGCAUGAUGACCAACGCACACUCGGGCCCGUUGGACUUUUCCAGCGACAAGCCGGGCACUGCCGCAGCUGCCGCCCCAGAUAUGAGCACCUAUACCGCUGGCUUGGAAAGGGACUCUCUGAAGGGCGAUUUGCCAGAUAUCGAGUACACGCCCCGCGAGCAGGAUGACGACGCGAACGAAGAAGAGACGGCGGAUGAGGCCCCAGUCACGUCUCCAGGAAAAGCGCCCAUUCUUGCCACACCUUCGCUCAACGGCGCGGCGGCUCCGGUCGCCAAGAAGGCAGGCUUUGGGAGUGGGCUUCUGUCCUUCUUCCAAGGCUUGUCAGGCAAUAAGGUCCUCACUGCCGAAGAUCUUGCCGCCACGCUUGAAAAGACCAAGGAGCAUCUCAUCAACAAGAACGUUGCUGCAGACAUUUCGGAAAAGCUGUGCGACUCUGUGCGCACCAAUCUCGUGGGAAAGACCAUGCCGAGCUUUACUACCAUCACAUCGACAGUCACCAAAUCGCUCGAGGAGGCAGUGACAAGCAUCCUCUCGCCCAACCGUCGAGUGGACAUUCUCCGAGACGUUCUGGCCAAACGCCAAGACCCGAGCGGCAGACCGUUCACGAUCGUCUUUUGUGGCGUCAACGGCGUCGGCAAAUCGACCAAUCUGGCCAAGAUCUGCUACUGGCUCGUUCAAAACGACAUUUCCAUCCUCAUUGCCGCUUGCGACACAUUCCGUGCCGGCGCCGUCGAGCAACUGCGCGUCCAUACUCGGUGUUUGAAUGACUUGCAGCGAAGCAACGGCAAGCUGGGUCCCAACGACCCCGACAGCGUCAUGCUCUACGAGAAGGGUUACGGCAAGGAUGCUGCCGCCAUUGCGUUCGACGCCGUCAACUAUGGUCGCGAUCAACGGCGCGAUGUUGUGCUUGUGGACACUGCUGGCCGUAUGCAGGACAACGAGCCUUUGAUGCGCUCUCUUGCAAAGCUUGUCAAAACAAACGAGCCAGACCUCGUCUUGUUUGUUGGUGAAGCUCUUGUCGGCAACGAGGCAGUCGAUCAACUCAAGCGUUUCAACCAAUCUCUCGCCGACUUUUCGGAAUCGACCAACCCGCAUCUAAUUGAUGGCAUUGUCCUGACCAAAUUCGACACGAUUGACGACAAGGUGGGAGCUGCCAUUUCGAUGACCUAUACCAGUGGCCAGCCGAUUGUCUUUGUUGGUACCGGUCAAACUUACCGAGAUCUCAAAAAGCUGAACGUUAAAUCUGUCGUUCAAGCACUCCUCAGCAAUUAGAAUCCGCAGCUGUUGCCGAAUCAGGGUUGAAUUCGCCUCAUCACCACCAACCAUAUCUUCCACAACAACACCAACAACAAUAUUCUUUGGGUUCUUUGGUUUGGUGACCCACUUGUACACUGAAAGUAAAAAUCAAUGUUUU